AUGGUGGUUCAACUCUGUCCUAGACAAUCAAAGAAGCAUAAGGUAGAUGGUGGGUCAACUGUGGCUCCUCCUGGAAACUCGAAGAAGAGUCAGGUAGAUGAUGAUGACAGAGAAGAAUGUCCACAGAGUGAGACAAAUGACAGAGAAGAAUGUCCAAGUGAAGAUGAGAAUGAUAUUGCUAGCAUUGAGGAAGAAAACUGUAGAGAUUUGGCUCCUUAUUUUGGUGAUGAAGCAAGAAAUGAUGACUGUGAUGUUGAUGAAGACGAAGGGGAUGAUGAUGCGUGGGAUGAUGAUAAAAUCCAUGAUACUGUGUCAUCAGAUGAUGAGAAUGAAGAGGAGAUGAUACCUGCUCAAGCUUACAGAGCAGACCUUGAUCCAGAGGAGCUCCUUCAGCUUGGCAAGACAUUUUCAGAGGCUGAGGACUUCAAACAUGCUUGUCUAAGGUAUACCCUCAAAACCAGAUACAACAUCAAGUACUACAGAUCCAGUAGCUUGAAGAUGGGUGCAAAAUGUGCUGCUGAGAUGAGAGAUGAUGAGGCUCCAUGUCCCUGUUCUUAUGAUAGGAGGAAACAUAAGUUGAUGGUAAAGACAUACGUCAAUGACCAUAAGUGUGAGAAGACAGGGCAGUCGAAGAUACUUAAGAGGUCAACAAUUGCAAGUCUAUUUGCUAAGAGGUUAAGGCUGAAUCCUAAGCUCACAGCAAAGGAGAUACAGGCUGAGAUCUUGAGGGAGUAUCAGAUGGAAGCCAAAGAAAACUUAUGCAUUAAGGCGAAGACAAAGUUGAUGAAAGAAAGGAGAAAGACCCAUGAGGAGCAUUUUGAUAAAAUCAGGGAUUACCAAGCAGAGAUCUUCAGGAGCAAUCCUGGAUCAAUCAUGGACAUUGAGACGAUACCAGGAGCCACAGUUGGAAGCAAGCAGAGGUUCUACAUGCUCUACAUGUGUUUCCAAGCACAAAAGGAAGCAUGUAAGAAGACUUGUAGGCCAGUUAUUGGCUUAGAUGAAGCUUUUUUGAAAUGGGACAUCAAGGGACAGUUGUUGGCUGCGGUUGGAAGAGAUGGAGACAAUAGGAUUGUCCCUAUUUCUUGGGCUGUAGUGGAGAUAGAGAAUGAUACAAACUGGGAUUGGUUUGUGAAGCAUUUGGCCUUGGAUUUGGGAUUGGAAGAUGGGAAAGGCUUUGUUAUAAUGUCUGACAAACAAAAGGGAUUAGUGAAGGCAGUUCAUACCCUCAUUCCAGAAGCUGGGCAUAGGAAGUGUUGUCGCCAUAUAUUCGAGAACUGGAGGAAAGGUGGAAAAGAUCUAAGGUUAUAG